CUCCUUCCUUCCUUCUGCUUCUUGCUCCUCCGACGGCUCCUUCCUCCUCAAAUCGGCACAAAAUGGGUUUCGGUGACUUGAAAUCAGCCUCCGGGCUGAAAGUGCUGAACGGAUUCCUGUCGGAUCGCAGCUACAUCGAAGGGUACGUCCCGUCCCAGGCUGACGUGGCCGUGUUCGAGGCCAUCGGGGGGGCAGCGCCGGCGGCCGACCUGUGCCACGCCCUGCGCUGGUACAACCACAUCAAGUCGUACCAGAGCCAGAAGAACAGCCUACCAGGUGUGAAGAAGCCUCUGGGGCAGUACGGGCCCUCGAACAUCGCCGACACCACCACAGGCUCCGCCCCCGCCGCCGUCGCCAAGGACGACGACGAUGACAUCGACCUGUUUGGCUCCGACGAGGAGGAAGAUGCCGAGGCCGCCCGUCUGAAGGAGGAACGUUUGGCCGAGUACGCCGCCAAGAAGUCUAAAAAGCCCGCCCUCAUCGCCAAAUCUUCGAUCCUAUUGGACGUGAAGCCGUGGGACGACGAGACGGACAUGGCCAAGCUGGAGGAGUGUGUUCGUAGUAUUCAGAUGGAAGGACUCGUUUGGGGACAAUCCAAACUGGUGUGUGUAGUGUACUCGUGUGUGUGUGUGUGUGUGUGUGUGUGUGUGUGUGUGCAGGUGGGAACAGACCUCCUGGAGGAACAGAUCACAGCAUUCGAGGACUUCGUCCAGUCGAUGGACGUCGCUGCUUUCAACAAAAUCUGAACUCAAACUUAAUAAAGUCAAUAAAAGCACUUCAACACAAACACA